CUCUGGGAUAGUCAGUGGCGGUCACGACCUGGCAGCCAUUUCGACCGGGUUAGGAAUCAUAUCUAUAGAAAUAGUCAAAAUCAAGCAAGAUGCCACUUUUCACCAUACCCAAGAUGGAGUGGGAUAAAAAGCUAGCUGGCCACAACCUGAAUAUGAAAUAUUUUAUGGUCAAUGGUUUACCUAGGCAGAAAUGCGCAGGGUUUGAGAUGGAUUGGCUUCGAUGCGCUGACGGUCUUGGACAGAAAAAAGCCUUUGUUGAAUGCGACCAGGAAUAUGCUGACUUUAUUGAAUGUGGAACUGAUGCAAAAAAGAGAGAAAGACUUUUAGCUAUACGAAAACAGAGAGAUAAAUUGGUAAAAGAAGGAAAAUAUGAUAAAAAUCACCACCCCAGUUUGUGAAUAUUAACCAAGAGUUCAAAUAUAGAUUAUCGAUAGAAUUUUCACUUUUCUUUCAGUUCUCUUCUGAGCAUCGAAGAUGUUCUAUUUGCAGUUGACCCAUGUGAUGUCUUUUAUAUAGGUACCACAUAUUUCAUUCAAUAUGUCACUAUUUCAACAAGAAAUCUAUCGUAUAAUUAACAUGUUGGAAAUUUAGCUAAAUUCAAGGUUCUGUUGACCAAUUCAUUGAGCCAAAUUUGCUAAAAUGAGUGUUUCACUGUAAUUUAUAGGUAUUUGUUUCAGUAUAUCAAUGCCAACAUUAGACUGAUUUUGCAUAGAAUUGCAUGCUUUGUUUCUUUCUGUGCAAGCCAGCUUGGGUUAUUAAGGAAUAAAUACCAAGUUUAAUAAUAAAU